AUGGGAAACACGUACUCUCUCAUGUUCCCGCCCAAACCUCAAUUCACCGAGGAAAAUCUUCAACCACAAGAUGGACGUGUCUUCCUUGUUACAGGCGGUUACUCGGGCAUUGGCUUUGAGCUGAGUCGCAUGCUAUACGAAGCUGGCGGGUCAGUCUAUAUCGCAGGAAGAUCUCAGGAAAAGGGCGAGCAGGCCAUCAAGCAACUGAAAGAACAUUGUCCUGAUUCAUCUGGAAGCCUAUCCUUCCUUAAGAUAUCCCUCGACGAUCUGAAAUCUGUCAAGUCGGCUGCGGAAGAAUUCAUAGCCAAAGAAUCAAGACUUGAUGUGUUAUUCAACAACGCAGGUGUAUCCAUGCCUCCCCCAGACUCAGUCUCGGUGCAAGGGUAUGAGCUCAGCAUUGCGACGAAUGCCAUCGGACCUUGGUACUUUACGCAGCUUCUCGUACCUGUUCUAACUCAAACCGCCAAAGACCAACCACCUGCUUCAGUGCGCGUCGUCUGGACAGCAUCCAUCGUUACAGACGUCGCUCUUCCAAAGGGAGGAGUCGACAUGAAAGACGUCAUCAACCCAUCUAAAGACCCGCAAGUCAACUACACAAAUUCAAAGACCGGAAAUUGGUAUCUCGCCAGCGUGUUGGCAGACCAGAUCGGAUCUCAGGGCGUUCUCAGCGUGUGCCAUAAUCCUGGUAACUUGCAGACUUCUCUUCUGCGCCAUAUGCCCUGGGCGGUUCGUUAUGCCGUCUCGAUACUUCUCUAUCAUGCCAAGUUUGGUGCGUAUACCAACCUUUGGGCAGGCCUUUCGCCAGAUCUACAGAUUGAAGAUGGAGGCAGGUUUAUCUGGCCCUGGGGUCGGUUCCACCCUAGUCCUAGACCAGAUUUGCUGGAGAAUCUCAAGUCCAAGGAGCAAGGAGGCACGGGGACGGCUGCUGAGUUUGCUGAGUAUUGUGAUAAAAUCAUUGCGGAACAUCGGUGA